GUGUCCCCCCGCCCUCGCCGCAGCUCAUCGGCUCCGAGAAGUGCCUGGAGCGGAUCGAGCGCAUGGUCAGCGAGGCCAAGAGCAAAGCGGGCGCCGACCCGCAGGUGCCCCUGCGCUCGCUGGGGCUGUCGCUGAGCGGCGGGGACCAGCAGGACGCCAUCGGGAAGCUGACGGAGGAGCUGCACCGGCGCUUCCCGCACCUGAGCCAGAGCUACUUCAUCACCACCGACGCCGUGGGGGCCAUGGCCACGGCCACCGACCACGGUGGCAUCGUGCUCAUCUCGGGCACCGGCUCCAACUGCAAACUCAUCAACCCCGACGGCUCCGAGACGGGCUGCGGCGGCUGGGGGCACAUGAUGGGGGAUGAAGGCUCCGCGUACUGGAUCGCCCACCAGGCCGUGAAAAUGGUGUUUGACUGCAUGGACAACCUGGAGGUGCCGCCCCACGACGUCGGCUACGUCAGGCAGGCCAUGUUCGACUACACCCCCGUGUCCCUGCACCACCCCCUGUGCUGUCCCUGUGCCAUCCCCCCGUGCCACUCCCCGUGUCCCUGUGCCACCCCCGCGCUGUCCCCAGGUGCCCAGGUCGGGGACCCCCUGUGCUGCCACAUCUUCACCAAGGCUGGCGAGGUCCUGGCGCGCCACGUGGUGGCCGUGCUGCCCAAAAUCGACCAGAGCCUGUUCCUGGGCGAGCUGGGGCUGCCCAUCGUCUGCGUGGGCUCGGUGUGGAACAGCUGGGAGCGGAUGCAGUCGGGGUUUAUCCAGGUGCUGGCACAGGCGCGGGAUGAGGCUCCGGGCCGCGUUUUCUCGCGGUUCAGCCUGCUCAAGUUGAAGCGCUCGUCGGCGCUGGGCGGAGCCCGGCUGGGAGCGCGCAACGUGGGGAUGGCGCUGCCGCUGGACCGCGCCGGCAACGUGGAUGUGUUCUACACGCACGUGUUCUGACGGGAGCGACCCCAAAAACGCGAGGAGCGCCCCAAAAAUCGGGGAGGGCACCCCCGGAAACGGGGAGAGCGCCCCUGAAAAUGGGGGGAGCCCCGCGAGCGCUGGCGGGCGGGGCCGGCCCGGGGGGUUUGUGGUUUGGCAAUAAAACGGUUGCACUGCC